AUGGGAGCUACUUGCGCAUGGUUCGACAGCCUCCCCGCAGGAAGAAUCAAAUCAUGGAUCGAUUUACAAGGACAAUUCCUAGCCCACUUUAGCCAGCAAAGGCGAUACAGACGCGAUACAUCUGAAGUUAUGGACAUCUGGCGACGAGAGAACGAAGGUUUGGAAGAUUUUAUCACUUGCUUUAACAUGGAGUGUUUAGAAACUGGUGGCGUGAGCGAAGAUCUGAUGCGCACCCACUUUAAGAAGGCAAUCCGUUGUGAUAGUCUAAUCCAGAGUAUCACGGGCAGAGACGAAGAUCGCUAUUCUAGAACCAAUGCGCGUGAAUCGAACAGACGCAACAAGAACAAAAAACCUAGGUGGAAGACAAACCAGUCCAGCGGUUACGAAGAAAGGCCUCGAUUCAAGGAAGAUGUGUGCGACGCGAUAGACAAAAUCGGAUACCGCAAGGCGGUGAAAAAUGAGAAUAGGGAGAAACACUGGACUCCGUUAAAUAAGCCACCUAAGGAGGUUCUUAUGACGGAGAACCAUGAUUUUAAAGCUCCCAAGCCCAUGUCAAGCAAGAAGGGUCAAGACCCUAAUUUAUAUUGUGAUUUCCACAAAGACACAGGCCAUCUGACCGAUGACUGCUUCAGCUUGCGCCAAGAGAUCGAGAAGGCUCUCAAAAGUGGAAAAUUUGGUCACUUAGUGAAGAAUGUGCGCAAAGAGACGCUCCAGAUACAUAGAAAGUACGACCAACGUCAACUUCAUGGUCCUGCCAGUUAA